AUGAGGAAGCCUCGCCGGAAAUCUCGGCAAAAUGCCGAGGGCCGACGUUCCCCAUCCCCCUACAGUCUCAAAUGCUCACCCACUCGGGAGACCCUGACAUAUGCUCAGGCCCAGCGAAUUGUUGAGGUGGACAUAGAUGGACGUCUACAUCGUAUCAGCAUCUAUGAUCCACUCAAGAUCAUCACUGAGGAUGAGCUGACUGCUCAGGAUAUCACUGAAUGCAAUAGUAACAAGGAAAACAGUGAGCAGCCUCAGUUCCCCAGCAAGUCUAAGAAGCCCUCAUCCAAAGGCAAAAAGAAGGAGUCCUGUUCCAAACAUGCAUCCAGCACUUCUCUCAACCUCCCACAGCCCAGCUUCCGCCUAGUGGAUCUAGGCACCCAGACAGAAGCACCCCCAUUGCCUGCUGCCUAUUAUCGCUACAUUGAGAAACCACCUGAAGACCUGGAUGCAGAGGUGGAAUAUGACAUGGAUGAGGAGGACCUUGCCUGGUUGGACAUGGUGAAUGAGAAGCGGCGAGCAGAUGGGCACAGUGUGGUGUCAGCAGAUACUUUUGAGUUUCUGAUGGACCGGCUGGAGAAAGAGUCAUACUUGGAGAGUCGCAGUAGUGGGGCCCAGCAGUCACUCAUUGAUGAAGAUGCUUUCUGCUGUGUGUGCCUGGAUGAUGAAUGCCACAACAGCAAUGUCAUUCUCUUCUGUGAUAUCUGCAACCUGGCUGUACACCAGGAGUGCUACGGUGUGCCCUACAUCCCUGAGGGCCAGUGGUUAUGCCGCUGCUGCCUGCAGUCUCCCUCUCGGCCUGUAGAUUGUGUUCUUUGCCCCAAUAAGGGUGGCGCCUUCAAACAGACCAGUGAUGGGCUCUGGGCCCAUGUAGUGUGUGCCAUCUGGAUCCCUGAAGUCUGCUUCUCGAACACUGUGUUCCUGGAGCCUAUUGAGGGCAUCAACAACAUCCCACCUGCCCGCUGGAAACUAACCUGCUAUAUCUGCAAGCAGAAAGGGCUGGGUGCCGCCAUCCAGUGCCAUAAAGUAAACUGCUACACAGCCUUCCAUGUGACGUGUGCACAGAGGGCUGGUCUCUUCAUGAAGAUUGAGCCAAUGAGAGAAACCAGCCUCAAUGGUACCAUCUUCACUGUGCGCAAGACUGCCUAUUGUGCGGUCCAUUCACCGCGAGGUGCUGCCACCACCAGGAAGAAGGGUGAUUCCCCGCAAAGCCUCAGUGAGGCUGGGGAUGAGGAAGGGUUGAAGGAGGGUGGUGGGGAGGAGGAAGAAGCAGAAGAAGUAGAGGAGGAGGAACAGGAAGGCCAAGGUGGGGUGGGAACCCCCCUCAAGGGAGUACCCAAGAAGAACAAGACAAGUUCGAAGCAAAAGAUCAAGAAGGAGCCAGAGGAAGGAGGCCGAGACACACCCUCCAAUGUUCCCUUGGUCACUGUCCCACAGAUACCUUCUUGCAGGUUGAACAAGAUCUGUAGUGGUCUCUCCUUUCAGAGGAAAAACCAAUUCAUGCAACGGCUUCACAACUACUGGCUGUUGAAACGGCAGGCACGGAAUGGUGUUCCCCUCAUCAGGCGCCUUCACUCCCACUUACAGUCCCAAAGAAACGCUGAACAGCGAGAGCAGGAUGAGAAGACUAGUGCAGUGAAGGAAGAGCUGAAAUACUGGCAGAAGCUUCGGCAUGAUCUGGAGCGGGCACGGCUGCUGAUUGAGCUGAUUCGGAAAAGAGAAAAGCUCAAACGGGAGCAGAUCAAGAUCCAGCAGGCUGCCAUGGAGCUGGAGCUGAUGCCAUUCAAUGUUCUGCUCAGGACAACACUGGACCUGCUGCAGGAGAAGGAUCCCGCACACAUCUUUGCGGAACCUGUCAACCUGAGUGAGGUUCCAGAUUACCUGGAAUUCAUAUCCAAGCCAAUGGAUUUUUCUACUAUGAGGCGGAAGCUGGAGUCCCACCUGUACCGCACCUUGGAGGAGUUUGAGGAGGACUUUAACCUUAUAGUUACCAACUGCAUGAAGUAUAAUGCUAAAGACACAAUUUUCCACCGAGCAGCUGUCCGCCUGAGGGACCUGGGAGGGGCCAUCCUGCGGCAUGCCCGGCGGCAGGCAGAGAACAUCGGCUAUGACCCCGAGAGGGGCACUCAUCUCCCCGAAUCACCCAAAUUGGAAGACUUUUACCGCUUCUCCUGGGAAGACGUGGACAACAUCCUCAUCCCAGAGAACCGGGCACAUUUGUCCCCAGAGAUGCAGCUGAAGGAAUUGCUGGAGAAACUGGAUCUGGUGAGCGCCAUGCGGUCCAGUGGGGCCCGUACCCGUCGUGUCCGCAUGCUACGCCGGGAAAUCAAUGCCCUUCGGCAGAAGUUGGCACAGCCACCACCACUACAGCCACCAUCAUUGAACAAGACAGUAUCUAAUGGAGAGCUGGCAGCAGGGUCCCGGGGGGAUGUGUCUGUGUUGGAGCAGGUCCUGCAGGAAGAACCAGAAGAUGAUGGUGACAGAGAUGACUCCAAACUGCCUCCCCCACCAACCCUGGAGCCCACUGGGCCUGCACCUUCCUUGUCUGAGCAAGAAUCUCUUCCAGAUCCCCCUACUCUGAAACCCAUCAGUGAUAGUAAACCUCCAAGCCGAUUCCUCAAACCCAGAAAGGUUGAAGAAGAUGAGCUCUUGGAAAAAUCACCUUUACAGCCAGGGACUGAGCCCUUGCAAUGCUUGCUCAGUGACAGUGGCAUCAAUAGACUGUCUCUCAUGUCCCCUGACACCUCUGUUGAUGCAUCUCUUGGUGGUGUGGGUCGCCGCACAUCAGUCCUCUUCAAGAAGGCUAAGAAUGGGGUUAAGCUUCAGAGAAGCCCAGAUGGGACCCUGGAAAAUGGGGAGGACCAUGGCAUGAUGAGUGCCCCUGCCUCUCCUGCCAGCAUUGAGGAUGAACACCAUUCCCGGAAACGGACAAGGAGCAGGAGCUGUAGUGACAGUGAAGGAGAGAGAUCGCCCCAGCAGGAAGAAGAGACAGGUGUCUUUUUUUGCAGCUCUCAAAUCAGUGAUCCGGUGCCCCCCAAACGCAGCCGUGGGAAGCCAGCCUUGUCCAGAGUGCCCUUCCUGGAAGGUGUAAAUGGAGACUCCGACUACAGUGUCUCAGGCAGAAGCCUCCUGAUGCCCUUUGAAGACCGCGGAGACCUGGAGCCCCUGGAGCUGGUGUGGGCCAAGUGCCGAGGCUAUCCCUCCUACCCUGCCUUGAUCAUCGAUCCGAAGAUGCCCCGAGAGGGUCUCCUGCACAAUGGUGUCCCCAUCCCUGUCCCCCCACUGGACGUGCUGAAGCUGGGAGAGCAGAAGCAGGCAGAGGUUGGAGAGAAGCUCUUCCUUGUCCUCUUCUUUGACAACAAGCGCACCUGGCAGUGGCUUCCUAGGGACAAAGUCCUGCCCCUGGGUGUAGAAGAUACCGUGGACAAGCUCAAGAUGCUAGAAGGCCGCAAGACCAGCAUCCGCAAGUCAGUGCAGGUGGCCUAUGACCGCGCAAUGAUCCACCUGAGCCGAGUCCGGGGGCCCCACUCCUUUGUCACCUCCACCUACCUGUGAGGGC